AUGUCCGACUCCGAGACUUUUGACACGGAUAUGUUUAUUGAGGAGAUUCGCAAUUUGCCAUGCAUUUGGGAUCAAAGGACAGAGGAGUAUUCCAAUCGCAUAUUAAAAAACAAAGCAUGGGAAAACCUUUGCAUGAAGUUUUAUGAAGAUUUUGAUAAUAAGGAAACAAAAGAAAAAAACCAGUGUGCUGCCAACUUACAAAGAAAAUGGAAAAGCUUAAGAGACUCUUUCAACAGAGACCUUAAAAAACAAAAUUCACAGAGAAGUGGUUCAGCAGACGAUGACAUCGAACAAAUCGAUAAUGAAGACGAUAAUACUACUGAAACGAGUGACUCUGAAGUUUGGAAGAGACCAAAAAAUAUCCAAAGAAAAAAAGAUGAUGCAGAAUAUGGGUUAAUAAAAAAAAUUACAAGUCAUUUGAGCGAUCAAGUAACUGCACAUACUCGUACACAGGAACCUGACAAGUCCUGUGACAGUGAUAUGCAUUUUUUGCUAUCUUUAUACGAUAGAUUUAAGACCAUUCGCGAUGAUUGGAAACUGAAUGCUCAGAUAGAAAUAUUGAAUGUAAUUAAAAAAUAUCACACACCUACAACUACACGUAAUGAUAAUUACAGUGAAUAUGGACAGGGGUAUACGACACCAGCGUACCAACCGUACGAGCGACCAUCAACGUCUAGGUAUCGGCCGGAUAUGGAAACAGGCUCUCCGCAGCUUCACAAUUUGCGUACUGCAUCCACACCAAGAGAUAUUUCAGUACCAGAAUCUCCACUCAGCGUCUCUUCUCAGGCUUCAAACUAUAAUGAUCCGAUUAUAACGGAUAUUUUCGGAGAUUAA